AUGUCGAGCCGUCCUAUGAACGAUGAGGAGGUUCUCUCCGAGAUGAAGAAGAUGGUGGCCUUCAUUAAACAAGAGGCAGUCGAGAAGGCUCGCGAGAUUCAGAUCAAGGCCGACGAAGAGUUUGCCAUCGAAAAGGCCAAGAUUGUUCGUCAGGAAGCCAUCAACAUUGAGUCGCAGUACGACAAGAAGAUCAAGCAGGCCGAGGUUGCCCAGAAGAUUGCGCAAUCCAACCAGACCAACAAGUCGCGAUUGAAGAUCCUGCAGACCCGUGAACAGCAUCUCCAAUCUCUGUUUGACGCUGCACGCGAGAAGCUCGAUGGCAUCGCCAAGGACCAGGACAAAUACAAGAAGCUCUUGGCGGAGCUCAUCCUCCAGGGGCUGCUUCUCCUCAUGGAGCCCAAGGUGACUGUCACUGUCAAAUCGAGCGAUGUGCAGCUCGCACAAGAUGCGGCAAAGCAGGCCGAGAAUGACUUUAAAGAAAAGUCGGGCAAGACCACCAGCGUCACUGUUCAAGAAGGUCUCGACAAGGGCAGCGCUGGCGGUGUACUGCUCGCAGGCCAUGCCGGAAAGAUCACCAUCAACAACACACUCGACGAGCGUCUGCGUCUCCUCGAGGAUCGCAUGCUUCCCGAGAUCCGACUCGAUCUUUUCGGGCCCAACCAGAACCGCAAGUUCAACACUUAG